AUGGCAAGACAUGGCCGCCAAAUCCAUGACCAACCACUCCAAGAAGAGGACUAUAUAGACAUGGAGCUGAGCUCACCUGCAGCUGCAGAGGUGGUCACCAACACAGCAAGCUUGCUCUGCUACACCACAGCCAUGGCAGCCACCCCGCAACACUCGAGGGAGUUUGAGUUCCACAUGUCAGCUCCGACUGACCACUGGGAGCCCAUGGCAUCACCAGCAGAUGAGCUCUUCUACAAGGGCAAGCUGCUACCCCUCCACCUUCCACCACGCAUCCAGAUGGUUGAAAGAUUGCUUGAGAUUGCGGCUGACAAGGGCCUCCUCUCCGCGAGCACUGCCCCGACAACACCAUAUCAGUCAUGCAGUGUUUCACCAGCAAAUUCAUGCUAUGCCAGUGGUGAGCUCAAUGCAGAGCAGUACUUCAGUGAGUGCACAGCUGCCAGUAUUGCUGCUGCUGAGGUGGAAGCAGCAUGCGAAAAGAAGCCAUGGUCCAAGAAGCUCAAGUUCAUCAAGAAUCUCAACCUUGGCCUCAAGCUCAAGGCAUCAAAAGCUUACCUCAAGACAAUAUUUGCCACUAAAGUAGGGGAUCCAGAUGAAAAGAGUGGUGCACCAAGAGCAAAUGAGUUCCCCAUUGCACAGGUCAAGAGUUGGAGGAAGAACCCAUUUGUCCAGACCAGAAGCAACAGGUACACAGCCUCGCCCAUCAGCAACAGCGCUCCACUGGGAGGUAAUCUCAAAGAAGAUGAAUUCGGACAUAGGAGGUCGUUCUCCAGCGUCAUUAUCCGAUAUUCAUCAUCAAACAAGACGUCGUCUGCCUCAUCAUCGUCAUGCUCUUCGUCAAACUCAUCCUCCUCCAUCCCAACUUCAAAUGACUCUGGUUUGGGGCCAGUGCUGAGGAGGAGCAGCAGUGCAAGCUCAGAGAUGGAUAAUCCAAUCCAGAGUGCAAUAGCGUACUGCAAGAAGUCGCAGCAGCUGGCCUCGGUGAGGAAGAGUGCAAGCGACGCAGGCUUCCGGUUCAUGUCAUCAUCAGCAUCAAAGAUAGCUGCAGAAUCUGAAGAUGCAGAAGACAUCCUUGAGAUAUGCAGGCGACGAUAG